AUGCACUCAGCCACAACUACUGAACAAGUAGCCCAAUCUCACAAUAACUAUCACAUUAAAAAUUUUGAUUCAAGUGUAAAGCAUGCAGUAUAUCCUUCUCCUGAGACAGAUAAAAUGAUCAGUUGGGGUAUUGCUUUUGGUGGAAGUUUCCUUGUCCUAAUAGCUUUUCUCAAGGUAAUUCUUAGUUGUGCUGGGAAUUUUUCAUAUUUCUCAAUCUCUCAAUACAAGAUGAAGGCUGUUUAUUCCUUACUCAGAGAUUUGGCUAUUUUCGUAUUCAUUCUGUCCAUAGUAUUGAUGCUACACUUCCACAGUUACCUUGAUUGGUAUCACACAAAUCUUGAAAAUUUGCUCUAUGGCUUGUACAUUUUUACAGCAUUAUGGAUAUUCUCUAGCAUAGUGUUAUUCUACACUUGUUAUGUGCGCUUAGAGACUUUCCUGGACUAUGAGUCUAUCAGUCAAGACCAAGAGAAAUUAAGAGAUCUCAAGAAUGUCUAUGAAGCUAUGAUGAUUGACGACCAUAACAUUAGCUCCUCUAUCAGGAGAAACCUCAACUUCCAGAUAAUGAGGCAAGGCUUCAUAUGUCCUGUUGAGCUCCCAAUUUUGACAGAAAGUUUCCUACGAAGAGACUUCAACUUCUGAAUGUAUCUUGGCUAUUGCAUCACUGACUUUCUGAGUGAGAUUAUUGGGUUCAUUAACCUAAAGUUCUACUUCUUCGUAGGAGGUUUAAUGGUAUCUUACAGACUGAUUGAGACACUGAACGUAGAACCCGGAUCUGGAUUGAUUUAUGGAGUUCCUAUUGUGUGCUUUGUCCUCUUAUUUUUAUCUAAAUGGCAUCUUGAGACUAUAUACUUUUACCUAGUCCCAGACGUGAGUCUUGCUGAAAAUUUUGAAUUUAAUGUUGAUAUGGAUAUUAUUGAUCCUGUUGACCAUGAAGAGGACAUUCCUGCCCCUCUCUAUCUCACCAUUGGCUAUGAGAACCAGGAUUAUCAAGAGGAGGAAGAGUCUGAUGAGGACGAACACAGAGGCAUCAAUGGCCCUCGGGAGUCUGUCUUCAGAAAUAUCAGAGAACAAAAUAAAAAGUAUAGCUGGAUGUUCAAAUCAGGAAAAACGAGCCUAGGCUAUCAUCAGAACAGACAUGAAAGAUUGUUUUGGUUUGGCUGGAUUGGAGUGGUUGGCCAAAAGUUCAUCAUUCAAGGUUGAUACAUGGUGCUUAUCCUAUGGCUCAGUCUUAUCAUAGCUGCAGAUGGAUAUGAUCGAUUCUAUGUAUUUGAUAAUGAGAAGGUAGAUAUUCCUAUCAUGAUAGUAACGAUCUUGUUUGCUUCCUUCUUAAUCUUGUAUUAUUUCCCUUCGGUGAUGUUCGCCUAUAUCCUUGAUACAAGCAUUCAGAUGAUGAAGAGACGUGAUUAUAUAGAAUUAGUAAUUAAAGAGCAAAAGCAUCAAAAAUCUCUCAGAGCAAUGAGAAUGUAUCAAGUAUUCAAGAAUAUCAGAAGGAUAUUAAUUGAGGGUCUCCAUGAGGAUGUUGAUGAUAAAUAGCAUUCUUAGAACUCCAAAAAUGCUCAUCAAUGAGAAUCACAACAUCCUGAACGAACAUUUUGAUGGUGAAGAUCAAUUACCUAUUGAAAAAAUUGACACCUUCGCUCAUCUGAAUGGUAGCAAACUACUCAAGCAAGACUCCUACUUGCUUCUUUUUAAGGCUGGAGAUCCAGAUGUGAACUAUGUAAAUCCUGAAAAUAUGGAAACAGCCAUUACAAAAAUCAGCAAUGAUGUAAAGAUCGACCCAUAUUUAGUCAUUUCCAGAAUUUUCUACCUGAUGGCCAACGUCCAGUACAAAGUCUCUAUGGAACAACUAGACGAGUUCUUCAGAGUUUAUAAAGACCACUUUGAGAAGGACGAUAUCAUAGAGUUUAGAAAGGAAAUCUUACUUCUUCGUGGAGGCGCAGAGAUUGAUAUCCAAGAAAUCGCUUCUUUGAUCAGAGAUAAUAUCGAAUGCUUCCCAAGAUAA